UUAUAUUCUGCUGAUCAACAGACAUACUCAAAUGGCUUACGCUGCUGUAACUUCGCUUAUGGAAACACUAUCUCUAAAUUUCUUGCAAUCAGAACCACGCUUGGCUCUUGAAGAUUUAGAGGCACAGAUGAGAGAUGGCAAUGAAAAUCUUGGCUUACUGCAACAAAUUCUUGAGGAUAUGGCUAUGAAAGAUGCAGAGGAAGCGUGUUUAAAGGGUUGGACGAAGCGUCUCCCCAGGCUUCAUGGAAUCUUCAAUAAUAAAGCAGUAAAACAGAGUGAUUACCCCAAGAAGAAGAAGUUGAUUAAAAGUGAAAAUGCUUGGGACAGUAUACUAUUGACUUCUCGGCUCAGAGAGGUAGCGGAAGCCAAACAGAAGAUGGUUUCUCUCCAUCAAAAUCUUGGCUUGCUGCAAGACAUUAUUCUUCAGAAAUCUGAGAUUUUUGCCAAUGAUGAGAUCAAAGAUGUAGAGGCAGAGAUCAGAGAUGUCUCGUUCGAAGUGGAAGAAAGGAUUGAGAUGGAGUUGAGUGCCAUUUAUCUAGCAAAGGAUAGUCUUCAUAUAACAGCUUCCCUGCUCAGGCUUCAUGAUAUCUUCAAAGAAGCAGAAAAACAAACUGGUUACCACAUGAAUGAGUUGAUUAGGAUUAAAAGAGAACACCACCAGCAGCAGCAUCCAAAGGGUUCAUCACAAAAUGCAAGAAUCAGUGAUGAUGUUUAG